AUGGGUUUAUCAAGCCUUCCUGGUCCGUCAGAAGGAAUGCUAUGCAUCAUAUUGGUAAACACUGCAUUAUCGAUAUCCGUCUUCAAAGGCAUUGUCCGAUCAGUCCUUCACGUAGUAGGAAUCCAUCUCUCACCGCCUUCAUCCUCGCCUUCUUCAGUAGCGGCGUCUUCAGAGAUUACAACCUUAGAGCCUUUUGAUUUCCGGUACUGCCACCCGGAGAGUUUCCUUGAGGAAUUCAGGAAUGGGACUCCGACACUGAGGUUUGAGAGCUUGUGCAAGUGCAAGAAACAGGCGGACAACGAGUGCUCGGUAUGCCUGUCGAAAUUCGAAGAGGAUUCAGAGAUCAACAAGCUAAAGUGUGGACACUUGUUUCACAAAGCAUGCUUGGAGAAAUGGAUAGACUAUUGGAACAUCACUUGCCCAUUGUGUAGGACACCUCUUGUUGUUGUGGCAGCUGAAGACCAGCAGCUUUCUUCCAGUGUUUGGUGA